ACUUCUUAACUCAUUGAAUAUACCAUUUAUUAAAGCCAUGACUCAUCGUGUGCGUUUAAAUUAGUCUAAACAAACUAAUAAUAUAAUAGUUCUUAAUAUUGUCAUCAUUGGCAAUCAUUGUCGUUCAUUAUCUCUGUUAUACUAUAUAAUGUGUAAUAAACGUUUUUAAAUAAGACGUACAUGUAUAUUUCACAUUUACGGUGAAUAAGAAUGGUAUUCUAUUAUUCAAACGUACAGUUUUGUAAUAAAUAUGAACUUUUUAUCAUUAUUUUCAAAAAAAGACAAAAAUUGUCCAAAAGCUAAAACAAGUACAGCAAAAUCAUUGUUACUAUUGACCAGUCAAGAUUUAAUUAUGCAGGAAAAAUUAGAAAAAUUAGAAUUACAAAAGGAAUUAAAAAAAAAAAAUUUACUAGAAGCAGAAAAGACUUUAAAAGAAUAUGAAGAAAACAUGUUUCAAAAUUAUCGGGAUAAACAGGAUAAUGAUAAACUAAUUAAUACUUUGUUACUGGAUGAAGUUCGUACGCAACAAAUAAUAUCUUCGGCUAGAAAUGAACGUGAAAAGACACGAGAAAAACUACUAUUUGAUUUGAUCAAAGUUGAGAUGUCAACAAGAAAACUAAUUGAUGACACUUUGAAUUUCAAUCAAUCGUUCCAAAUGGAUUUUCACGAAAAAUACAGCAAUUGCGAGAAAAUUGUAAUACCCGACGACAGCUGUUAUAGGAAUCUUGAAAAAAAAGAUAAUCUGGAAUUUAGUUCGAAACUCGAACGCAUUUUGGAAGAAACCGAUUGUCAGCGAUGCGUACGGUUCAAUAAAGUGUCAGAAAAACAUACUGCUGAAAUGGAGACAUUGACCAACAUCCUCAACACCGGCAAUUGUUACCGGCAAGUGUUGAAGGAACAGUUGAAAUCCAUGUACAAUCAACUCAAGUAUUUAACCGGUGCCGAAUUACAAAAACAAGACUUACAAACUAAUAAACAUAUGACUGAUAUCUGUCAGGAACGAUUAACGUUGGCACGACUGAUUGUUGAUUUGACCGACAAAAAGAAACAAAAUCAAAAACGUUUGAUUCAGAUAUUGGAGGCUCAAAACGUUGCAACCGAGACGGCUUCAAAAUGGUUAUUUCAGUAUUCCAGGCUCGUCGAUCGCUUGCCGUCCGAUUUAACAUACUCCGAUGAACGUAUGAAUCCAGCGUUGUUGCACAGAGUGUCUACGGCCGGCGGAAGUCAUCUAUUGUUGUUCGUUUUAGAAAAUGCCUUACAACCGCCGUUGACAAAACAAUAUCUGACCGAGAUUGGUGUUCAUAGUGUUAAGGAUCAAGAAUUGUUAAUUAAUAUAAUUAAUAAACUCCCCGAGCCGUCUGCGCCGCCCGAAUCCGAAUUACCGCCAACAGCUCCGUUGAUAGACGAACUCGAAUGUAUAGUUUGUAUGGAAACGCCGUUUGAUGUUAUUUUUAUUCCAUGUGGACACCUAUGUUGCUGUUGGAAAUGUUCAUCGAAAUUACUGUUGUGUCCAAUGUGCAGAUCUGAUAUUUGCGAUAAAAUUCAAACAAAGAACUAUUCUUAAACAGUUUAGUAGAACUUAGUAUUACCAUUACCAACAAGAAAUUAUAUUGCAAUAUAAACAUAUUUGUAAUAGUUUUUGUAUUAACUACUUAUUUUAAAAAUAUUUAUCCCUUAUAAUUUUUAUAUCUUUAUUAUUAUUGUAUAAUUUUUUUUUAAUUGAAGUCUACGAGAAAGUCAAUGGAUCAACAACAUGAGCAAUAAUGAUAAAAUAAUAUACGUAAUCUUUAUGUUUCAAAAAAAAUAUUAUAUUAUACUUAUUUUUAUACU